AUGGCCGUCGUUACUGCUCAAUUUGAAGAGCAAGUGCUCCCAGAUUCCACAUUACCCGAUCUUCAUCUCAGCCACCCGACGGACGAGGAGAACCUUCGCAUCUGGCAAUUGACGUCGAAUGAGUGGAAGGACGCUCUUACCAUUCCUCAAUAUCUGGAAGAGUCUGCGUACCUCAUGACAGUUCCUCUGGCUCGCAACAAGGGCAUGACACAAUGGAUCCUGGUGGAUCGAAACCUUGCGCCAAAUCAACGACCGAUACUCGCAUCUUGCGAGACGUUUCGCAAGCUGUCACUGCUCAGUUAUCCCAAAAACCCUAAUCAGCUUGUGAUUGUCCACGGCAUUGCGAGCGUCUACUGCAAUCCAGACUAUCGAGGACGGGGAUAUGCCUCGAGGCUGCUCAAGGAGUUGAGCAACACACUCCCCACCUGGCAGUAUGAGGGAAAGCCAUGUGUGGCCAGUGUACUCUUCUCGGACAUUCAGCCGAGAUUCUAUGAGAAUCUGGGAUGGCAUCCUUUUUCUAGUGACCAUAUGGAAUUUGAACCUGCUGUGGUACAGCACGCUGCAGUGCCUGUCUACGCUGAGGAUGUAGCCAGGCUUUGUGCCCUCGACGAGAUGAGACUUGGACACGCAAUGUCACGUUCUUUAACAGAUGAUAUGACCCGGUUGCUCAUCCUCCCAGACCAUGACCAUAUGUUAUGGCAUCACAGCAAGGAGGAGUAUGUGGCGCAGCGGCUCUUCGGUAAAGCACCACUUGUGAAGGGCGCAAUCAGGGGAGAACGUGGGCAAUUUGUCUGGGCUAUUUGGACGCACCGUUUCUAUGAUCACCCAGAAAAAAACGCCUCCGAAAAUACACUGUAUAUUCUCCGGUUUGUCGUUGAGGACCCAACCCUCAGUUUUGACACUGUCGACAAUCUCAGCCAAUUGAGCCAUGAACAGAUCACGAGUGUGAGAGAGGUUUUACGAGCUGCUCAAGCAGAAGCGGCUGAAUGGAAUCUACGCAAGGUCACGCUCUGGAACCCGUCGCAGGCCCUGGAGAGGGCAAUCCAAUUAUCCGGUAUUCCCUUUAAGCGCAUGCAUCGGACCCAGGACAGCAUACCCUGUCUUCAAUGGUAUGGAGAAGGGAGUGGCAAGCCAGAUUCGCUCAAUUGGCUUCUGAAUGAGAAAUACGGCUGGUGCUAA